AUGGGAUCCAGGUCGCCCAGUCAUGUUGAUAACCUCGGGGUGCAAAACUACGCCGGUCACGGUCGCAGUCACAGUCGCGAUUUUGUUGCUGAAAACGACGAGGCAAUCCCGAAUGUGGGAAAAUAUCACAACGCCCGUGACUUCGCUGCACUGGGAGCACGGCCAGCACCGUCCAUGACCCUGGAAGGAGCGGUUGGAGAUGGGGAGGGUGGUAGAUUAAGUGACGACCGAUGGUCGAGGCCUCACGUAUACUAUCCAUUUGACAACCCAAUGGGCACUAACCCGGUCCGCAUGGACAUUCCGUCCACCGUAUCUACCGCGGAUCUUCCCAACGUCCUCCGUCGUUCGACUGUUCGCUCUGGUAUUUUCAAGACCGUUGACGACUUCCAGGAUUUUGAUGUUGGUGGGCCUGGCUGGCACCCUGGCGCAGAACCAGGGCUGGAUCCGAGGAAGGCUGAUGGAGGACAUGCCUCGAUGCCUACUCUUAGUGUACCAUGUGAUAUUACCGUGGUCGACUUCUCACACGGUCGCCUUGCGACAUAUAGGCACAAUAACGAAACGCUCGCUUCAUUUAUAAGCCUGCCCCAGCCGGAAUGGGUCAAAUGCCGCUGGAUCAGCGUCAAUGGUCUGAGCUGGGAUGUCAUCCAGCUACUGGGUCGGCACAAGAACCUGCAUCGACUUGCUAUCGAAGAUCUUUUGAACACGCGAAACAGAACCAAAGCUGAAUGCUUCUUCGAGUGUUCGGCUCAAGACGUCGAGGCUCCCAUCAUCCGCCGUCUCCAAACCAAGGAUACCAUCAUCCGGCAGUCUUGCGACGCUUCAAUGGUUGGCCAGGCUAUCAUUGACGCCAUCAUCGACCUAGCGAUGCCAGUGACCACGUGCUAUACUGAAGUUAUUGGCGAUCUCGAGCUCGACGUGCUUACCAAGCCCAAUAUCAAGCACACCAAGAGCCUUUACAUUCUCGUCACUGAGAUGAACAAGAUGCUGAGCUUUAUAAACCCAGUGAUUACUCUCAUAAACGCGCUUCGCGACCACAAAACGAAUAUGUCACAAGAAGCAGCAACCAGAAAUAUUCAAGACCCGAGUCAUGGCGUCAUCAUCACACCGACAACUUACAUCUAUCUUGGAGAUGUUCUUGAUCACUGCCUCUUGAUCACUGAUACAUUGACCCAGCUGAAGGGCUCGGCUGAGGGCAUGAUUGAUCUCAUCUUCAACACGAUAUCGGCAAACCAAAAUGAGUCGAUGAAGCAACUUACGAUAGUCACCAUCAUCUUCCUUCCCCUGACGUUCCUUACCGGCUACUUUGGUCAAAACUUUCAACACUUUCCCGGGCCAAAUCACUCGAUUGACUACUUCUGGAAAAUUGCGGUCCCUGUGGUGUUGGCCACUGGGCUCCUACUACUGGCACAGGCCAUCCACGAUUAUUGCAGGAUCUACAUCAAUGGACUGUCCCAACCGAGCGCGGACGGUGCCACCUUCCCUGUCAACAACCCGAUGACGGUCUUGCCAUCAAAACUGCCUACGAGGCAUACCGGUCACGGUCGAAGACAGGUCCUACCGCUAAACGACGGUCUUCUGGAGACUGCCGACAUACUCGAGUUGUACUUACACUACUAG